AUGGUCGUAAGAUCUGGUCUACAAAACGAAGUCAUCUCUCUCUACCGUCGCGCGCUCCGACUGGUCCGUACAAAGCCCACGACCUCUCAAGCGCGCUUUAGGACACUAAUACGAUGGACUUUUCGACGUCCUCAAGUCCAAGAAGAGCUCUCUGCGCGCAACCUGACCCUCGUCGAGCAUCACAUUCGACAAGCCAAAAAGAGUAUCGAACUCUGGGAGAAUCCGAGUAUCAAAGACGUCGUACCGACGAUGCAAAUGCGCUCAUGGGAAACGAAAAAGGCUGGGCUAUGGACGCCGCGACCCAACACCCGUAAUUCAUCACAGGACAAUACACAGUCAUAA